UUCAAAAUAAAAAAAAAAUUCAUGAUUUCAAUAAAAAAAUUGAACGUGAAAAAAUAAACAUUGAGAAUAUGGAUAAAGUCGUUAAAAAGGCCAAACAACGAAGUAAAAUAUCAUCAUCAUCAUCAUCAAGGAGAAAACGGAAUCAAUCCAAAACAAUUGAAACCGAAUCAGAUGAGGAUACACAAUCAUGGAGUUUUUCGCAGUCAUAUUCGGAUCAACCAAAAACAUUUGAUUCACCAAGUUUUUCUCUCACCGAAAAACCAAUGGGAAAAAUAGAUCCAUUAAUAAAAAAACCAAAAAGAACACCACCGAAAACAGUAUCGAUGAAAAGAUCAAUAAGAGCACAAUCGAAACCAGUAUCGAGAAAAACGUCAAUGAGAACACCACCGAAACCAGUGUCGAGAAAAAGGGCAAUGAGAACACCAUCGAAAACAGUAUCGUUAAGAAUACCAAUAAGAUCAACAAAAUCAGAAUCAGUUACACCAAUAAGAUCACCAUCAAAAACAGCAUCAGUAAGAAGACAAAAAGGAUCACCAUCAAAAACAGUAUCAAUAAGAAGACAAAUAAAACAAACAUCAUCAAAAACAAGAAAAAUGGAUAAAAACCCUACGACUACCAAAUUGAAAACGAUUUUAUCGAAAAUCAAAAUAAGACCACAUUUAUCGAAAAAUAAAUUAAAAUAUGAAUCGAAUAAAACACAGCUAUCAUCCCCAUCAAAAACCCGAAAAAAACCCGGUAGUAAAAAAAAUAAAACACUGCAAUCAACACCAUCAAAAACAACAAAACAAGCAAGGAUAAUCAAACAAAGCAAAGAUAAUAAAAUAAAAGGAUCGAAGAUGAAAAAAACGAUCGACAAGAUAAAUAAACGAAAAAUUUCCGAAACAAAAAUACCACCGAAAUCUAUCUAUGACAAAGCAAUUAGUAAACAAGUGAAACGUUUGACAACUCGAAGUGAGUUGAAUGCUAUCGCUGAAUUAUGCUUAAAAUUGAUGAGAUUUACGCCAAAAACAAUGAGUACUGACAAAUCAAAAGAAAAAAGUACAAGAAUAUAUAAAUCUCCAAUAGGAUUAAUUAAAAGAUAUGAAAUAAUUGAAGCAUCAACAACAGCCAAACCAGAACAUAUGAAAGAUACCAUUAAACGUGAUAUAACUGUGAUGAAAAUUCAGAUAACGGAAACGAGAGAAAAACCAAAAGAUGAAGAUAUUAAAAAAACCGAACUACCACCAUCUGCAAUCACACCACCGCCACCACCUACAAUUACACCAUUAUCUUCAAAAACAUCACCACCGCCUACAAUUACACCAUUAUCUUUAAAAACAUCACCACCGCCUACAAUUACACCAUCAUCAAAAAAAUCACCACCACCACCCCCACCACCAACACCCACAAUUACACCACCAUCACUGCCAUCACCACCUGAACAAACGAUUGCAAAACUGCCAGAAAUCAUUGUGCCUGCAAAAGAUGAGGAAAAACAACAAUUAAAAAUUAUCGAUCCGUUUGGCGAAAGAAAUUCAUUAUCCUAUCGUCGACUCGAAGAUUAUGAAAAUAAAAAUGAAUUAGAUGCAUCAGGUGGAUUGUCAAUGCGUUUUAAUCCAUAUCUUGAAGGUCGAUGUUUCUAUGAAAAACUUUAUCAACAAAAUUUAGAUGCAGUGGUUGAAGUAAUACCUGGGUUAAUUGACGAGGAAUUAACUUAUACUCCUUCCAUAUCAACGGUUGAUCCAAUAGCACAAUCAUCACUACCAUCAUCAGUACAGCCAAUAUUAUCAUACACACAACCAGGUUUCAAAUGGAUUGGAGAACAAAUCAUGGUUGACACAACGAAAACUCAGAGCGUCAUUGAUGAACCAAUUAUGGUUGAGACGGCGAAACCUUUGCAUGUUAUUUAUGCACCAACAAUGGCUGAAACAACAAAAACUUCGAACGUUAUUAUUUCACCGGCAAUGGGUGAAACAAUGAAAACUCCAAACAUCAUUGAUGUUACAGAGAAAAAAGAAGGCACACAAAUGUCAGCUUUUGGUGAACGAGAUUCAUUAUUUUAUCAUAACCCAUACAGUUAUCCGAUUUAUGAUCAAGAUGAUACAGAAAUUUUGUUUAAUCCAUAUUUGAAAGGAGUAUCAUUCAAUUCAUACUACGAUCCGGGUGAAUUGGAUAAAUUGAUCGAAAUCGUUCACGGAUCCAAUUAUAAUGAUGAAAUCAAUGUUGAUCAGACAGUAGACAAUUCGGUUCAACAAAGUUUACUGAAAUUAAAAAGAGAAAUCAGCACUCCCAAAGUUUUUGAACCAAUGAUUGUUCCUAGAAAACAAAAACAGCCAGAAAAACAGCAACAACAACAAUAUCAAUCAUUAUCAAAAAUUAUACGUAAAGAAUCAGGUCAAAAUCUAACACAGCCCAUAAAAAAAUCAUCAUUAAUAUCAUCUAAAUCUCCAUUGCCAUCAACGAUAGAGACUAUCACUACCGAAACACAUACCAAUGAAGUGAUUACACUUGAAAUAAUCGUUGAAGCAUUGCCAGAAUCAAAAUCAAAACAAAAACCAUAAACGAAUGAGAUAUUGAAAUAAUCAUUAAAACAUUUUACAACAUCAAUAUUAUUUUGUUCACAGGUCAUGUUCUAAUUGGAAAUUUAAUAAAAAAAA